AUGUUAGUUGCAAAUCGCUGUGCCUUAGGUGAGAACUUGGGUUGCUUUGGCGGAAGUAAGAAGAAGAAGGAUGGUCAGCCGGUGCAAAAGGAAACGACCGCGUCGCGCACCACCACCAGCCCCAGAACGGAACCUGUCAGAGGCAUGGAGCUACUCUGGCAGCCGGAAGUGGUCCAGUCUUAUUUGAAACUGCUGCAGACAUGCUCGAACCCGGAGACUCUCGAGGCAGCUGCCGGAGCGCUUCAGAACCUUGCAGCCUGCUACUGGCAGCCGAGUAUUGAGAUUCGUGCCGCCGUUAGGAAGGAAAAAGGACUUCCCAUUUUGGUUGAGCUGCUGCGGAUGGAGGUGGACCGCGUCGUCUGCGCGGUGGCCACGGCUCUUAGAAACCUCGCCAUAGAUCAGCGUAACAAGGAACUGAUUGGAAAGUACGCGAUGCGCGAUCUCAUUCAAAAGUUACCUUCAGGGAAUAACCAGCACGAUCAAGGAACCAGUGAUGACACAAUCGCCGCUGUUCUUGCCACUUUGAACGAGGUGAUCAAGAAAAACGCUGAAUUCUCGCGAUCUCUAUUAGAUGCUGGCGGUGUCGACAGACUGAUGAACAUCACCAGGCAACGUCAGAAAUACACGCCUCGACAAGUCUUGUUCACGAUGUGGCAGCACCAAGAGCUGAGAGAUGUUUACAAGAAGCACGGCUGGAAAGAACAAGAUUUCGUUACAAAAACAGUAGCAGCGCGGAAUUCAGGGCCUAAUUCACCGAAUAAUGCCAAUAGCUAUGAUUGUAGCACACUGAACCGACCGAUGGCAAGCCAAGGGAGCACCAGAUACGAGGACAGAACGAUUCAGAGAGCGAACAUGAAUUCGAAUAACGUCGGUCGACCCACUAUAUAUCAGCCUCAACCGAAACCCGGUGAGCCGCUCUACGCGCAAGUUAACUUGGAGAAGAAAAAGAAGCGGCAGUAUGAGCUGGGGGUGGGCCAGGCGCAGGGUCAGGGCCCGGUCGUCGGCUCGGGAGUGGGCGUCGCAGCCGGUGCACCAACGGCUGGCCAGUGGGUAGCCGAUGGCGUUGGUGUCCCCGAUGGUUUGGCCGCCACCGCGACCGUGAACGUACCGCCGAAUUCCACUGCUGCCUCAGCCGGCGAUUCCUGGGUAUAA